CACACCAAAGCCAGCCUGCCAGCCUCCGGAGCGCAGCGGUGGAGCAGGAGUCCAGGCUGAUCGCUGGAGCUGCCCACAGCUCCGCCUGCUUCCUGUCUCCGGCCGCAGCCCCGUCUUAACGCAGUUAAACACGGCAGUAGCAGGAGGAGUGGGAGGGCUUUCUCCUGUGUUGUGCUUUUUGUUUCCCUCUCUGCUGAUGGGUGGAAGACGCUGGUGAAGACCCACGCCGCCCACAAACAAGCCCAAACGCGCACCAACUGUUUCCCGACCCGGAGUGGAGCACCGACACACGGUCAGCCAGAGGCGCUAUCGGACGAAAUCUGGUUUUCCCUUCUUUUGGGAUUGACUGUAUUUAUGAUUGGAUCAUCACUUCGGAGGAAGCUGAGCUGACUUUUUUACAGUCUUGAUGGGCUAUACUAGCAAUUGAAGGGUUGUGACAUCCCAGUGAAGUUGUGGACAGCGGUGGAUUGCAAAACAUCAGAACCUGUUUCUGCUUGGUUAAAGCUGCUCACCCUUUGAUUAGGUCUUUCCGAGCUGUUACUACCUACUUCUGAUGCACCUUUCCAACAUGGAGACUCUUUCCCAGGAUUCGAUUCUGGAGUGCCAGAUCUGCUUUAACUACUACAGUCCCAGACGACGGCCCAAACUCCUGGACUGCAGACACACCUGCUGCUCAGUCUGUCUGACCCAGAUGCGCAGCACCCAGAAGGAGAUCCGCUGUCCGUGGUGCCGGAGCGUCACCAAACUGCCCCCCAGCCUGUCCGUCUCUCAACUCCCGGACGACCCAGACAUCAUCACCGUCAUUGCCAUCCCUCACGCCUCGGAACACACACCCGUCUUCAUCCGCCUGCCCAGCAAUGGCUGCUACAUGCUGCCGUUGCCCGUCACCAAGGAGCGGGCACUCGGCCUGCCAGGGGAACUGGGCUGUCGCUUCUUGCCCGGUGGCCAGCAGAAGGGGGUGACGGUGGUGACUGUGCCUGAGCAGCAGCCUCUGGGCCUGGCCAUGGGUCUGGAGGGCGUCGGGCUGGACGGAAGCGAAGGCGAGAGGAGAGUGGCUGGCCCCGUGGGAGGAGGAAAGGGUUCCACAUGGUCCGGAGUUUGCACGGUUAUUUUGGUGGCAUGUGUGCUGCUGUUCCUGUUGGGAAUUGUGCUGCACAACAUGUCCUGCAUCUCCAAACGCUUCACUGUUAUCUCCUGCGGCUGAGGGAGGCCGCUCGGAUCUCCUCCCCCCCUCCUUGCUGGCCCUGCUUCUCCUCAGGGACAGAUUCUGCUGAGGAGAGGAGACUAAACUUAACAUCACGGGCAAAUCAGGCAACAACAGAGCAAAUGGGGAGUACACCGAUGAGGGAAAAAAGAGGAUGAGUGUGUUGCCGUGUUUUUUGUUUUCAGUUAUGGAAAAUGAAAAUGGAUAUAUGUUUUCCACCAGCUCUGUGUUGGUUGUAUAAAUUGUCACCUCUUUCUGUUUUCCCUGAAAGAACAUUAUGAAAGUCACCGUGGAUCUGUUUUUAGACAGCUGAUUGUGUUUCUCUUAGAGUUACAUAGACACCAUUUCACUCAAAGUGACUGGAACGCCUUGUUUACUCUGUGGUAUGUAGAAGUUCAGCAGUUAUCAGUGUUUUUGUUAGCCAAGCCAAAGCUUUGAGCGCCAUGUAUCCAGCUGGUCCUGAAAAUCCAGAAUCUGGACUCUCAGUUCUGUGAGAAUUAGCUGAGCAGGAUCCACAUCUUCCCACCCUGAUGUUCUUUUUUUUCUCUUAAAGAAUAUGUUUAGACUGAACUGUCGAACAGUAUAUUGUACAGCUGACAUACACAGCUAGCUCUGAGAUGCUUUAGCAUAAAUGUGUGAAUUUUUGUUUAAAUCAGCCGAUAAAAGUUUUUCAUAGUAAAAACAUUAGUUUGAUCAAACCUCACAAUUCUCAAUGUUUGUGUGCGUUUUGAGUUUUGGCUUUUAGGUUGAGCAGUCUCGGUACCACAGUUGCCAGUGAGGGUCAUUUUUUAACUCCAGAUAGAACAACCUGAACGAUGGCAGAGGACAUUUAAACCAGUUAACUUUGUUCCUACAGAGUAGAUAAAUACUAAAACUGUGACUUAAAGGAGUCUUCAUUUCUAUCUUUAUAGAGUAACCCAACAGCUACCCAAGCCAUAAAUGAAUUGUUCUUAACAAAUGUGGCAUAAUUUAUGGCGAAAUAAACGGGUAUAAGAUUUAUGUAACAAUGAAGAAAUUAUUUCCUUACUUUUUGUGCUAAUGUUAUUCUGGGUUUGCUUGUGACCGCCGGGACAAGCCAGAAUGCCCUUUGAAAGGUCUAUCACUCCUGAAGAGGUUUACCACAGUUUAAUAUUUUCUUUAUUUGUGCAUAAUGGCUCUAGCUGUGGUCCACUGGAGUUCUAAAUCCUAAUGAAUUUCUAAGUAAUCCUCUCUGGGCUUACAGAUUUGAGUGACUAAGUUAUAGUCAUCUGUUCUUUAAUUUCUUUAGAUCGAGGCAUUCUGUGUUGUUUUUUGAGACCUUUUACUCUACUUCAUGUUUUCAUAAAGGUUCUGCUGUAGUUUUUCUCCAGGUCUGACAGUAAUCAGGCCAGCUAGUGAUUUUUCUGUUGGCAAAAAUCUAAUUGUGUAAAACUAAUUCAAAUACACAUUCCUGUCACCUCAAAAUAUAAAUCUGAUUGGGCUUAUGGUCUCCUUUCUGGUGAAAUUCAUUAAAAUAUGUUUUUUUCCUUCAUACUGUUACUCUAAUAGAUGUAUUAAUAUUAGUGUCUCACAACUACGGAUUAUUAUAAGAAAGAAAAUACUGAGAAAGUAUUCCCUAUUUCAAAUUUCUGAAAGCAGACAACAGUCAACGUAUGCAGAAAAGCCCUACUGGUUGAAAUUUUGUUAAAAAGCUACAAAAAAGACAUUACCUUCAUUAAGAACAAUGUGAGAACGUGGAGAAAAAGUAGAGGCUAAGAAGAGACAGAAAGAUGUAAAAGGUGGCUGGCGUUAAUCAAAUGGACAAAACAACCUUGACAUGGAACAUCUUUGUUUAGGCUGAAUUGGAUCUUUGAACAAAAUAAAGACUGUGUGUGUGGUUGGCGGGGGAACUGUAACCUAAAAGAUCAUCUUGUAAUGAAAAAAAAAAUAUCCUCAUUGCCUGUGACAAAGAAAACCUUCAAACCUUAUACCCAGUAUCCUAACUUUUACACAAAAAUUUAUCAAUAUUUAAAAAGAAAAAAAAGAUUUCCUUUGUCAUAACGACAUGACUUUUAAAGUUGAAGUCAAGUUUGAAAAUACAUAUUCGAUCUGUAAACAUUAAAGCCCACAAAUUAAUGCGUAUGAUGUUUGAAUGUAUGAACCUGUUGUGUAGCUCUGCUCAUUUAGGUACCGGCUUACUAGCAUACAUUAGCUUGCUAGCAUACAUACUAGCAAGCUAAUUUUCUUAUGUUUCUAACCUAAUAAACACAUUAGUUAGAAAGAAUAUAUUGUAAGAGUAAGAUUAGUUUUAACAUCUGUUAAUUGUAAUAUUUUGUUAUUGUUUUUCUGAUUUUUACAGCUGAUUUUUUGUGACAUUCUGUAUGAGUCAUGUUUUGCUAAAUAAAGCCAUUGUGUUUUUACUCUA